AUGGCGAGCCUCGCCGACGACGGCUUCUCGGCGGCGCGCCUCUUCUCGCAGGGCGUCUCGUACACGUACGACGACGUGAUCUUCCUCCCGGGGUUCAUCGAUUUCCCCGCCGACGCCGUCGACCUCUCCACCCGCCUCUCCCGCCGCGUGCCGCUCUCCAUCCCCUGCGUCGCCUCCCCCAUGGACACCGUCUCCGAGGCCGCCAUGGCCGCGGCGAUGGCCUCCCUCGGCGGCGUCGCCGUCGUCCACUCCAACACCGAGCCCCGCGCCCAGGCCUCCAUCGUCCGCGCCGCCAAGUCCCGCCGCCUCCCCUUCGUCUCCUCCGUCCCCAUCUUCUCCCCUGCCCCGGUAUCCGAGUACAUGCGCCCCGCCCCGCGCUCGGCCUCCGCCUCCUUUGACUUCGAGCAGGCGGCGGCCUUCCUCGCCGACGAGGGCUUGGACUACGCCCCUCUCGUGUCCGAGGAGGGCGAGGUAAUCGACCUCAUCACCUCCAAGGACGUCGAGCGCAUUCGGAGCUAUCCGAAGCUUGGCAAGCCAUCUCUCGGAGCAGAUGGGAAGUUCGUAGUCGCAGCCUCUAUUGGAACCCGCGAGGAUGACAAGCGAAGGCUAGAGCAGCUAAUUCAGGCAGGGGCCAAUGCUAUUGUGAUCGAUAGCUCGCAGGGGAACUCCACCUAUCAGCUUGACAUGAUAAAGUAUGCCAAGAAGACGUUUCCGGAGGUGGAUUUGAUUGGAGGCAAUGUGGUGACAAUUGGGCAGGCACAGAAUUUGAUUGCUGCUGGAGUGGAUGGUCUGCGUGUUGGAAUGGGCUCUGGUUCAAUUUGCACUACCCAGGAGGUUUGUGCUGUGGGUAGAGGACAGGCCACUGCUGUUUACAAGGUUGCAUCAUAUGCCAAGGAUCACAAUGUGCCAGUUAUAGCUGAUGGUGGUAUUUCAUACUCUGGCCAUAUUGUGAAGGCUUUGUCACUGGGGGCAUCAACUGUCAUGAUGGGCAGUUUCUUGGCUGGCAGCCAUGAGGCUCCUGGGGCCUAUGAAUACAAGGACGGCCACCGAGUAAAAAAAUACAGAGGUAUGGGCUCCCUCGAAGCCAUGACAAAGGGGAGCGAUGCAAGGUAUCUUGGUGAUACUCUGAAGCUUAAAGUUGCCCAGGGAGUUGUUGGGGCGGUAGCUGACAAAGGUUCUGUUCUGAGGUUUAUUCCGUAUACAAUGCAAGCUGUUAAGCAAGGAUUCCAAGAUCUUGGUGCAUCCUCUUUGCAGUCAGCUCAUGAUCUUUUACGAGCGGAGACUCUUAGAUUAGAGGUGAGGACGGGCGCCGCUCAGGUGGAGGGAGGGAUCCACGGGCUGGUGUCCUACGAGAAGAAAUCGUUCUAG